GGAUUCAGGUGUAUUGGACCUGGGAGACGUGUAAGAGUUGCAGAACACCGGCCCUCCAGGACCAGGAGUGCCCACCCCUGUCUUAGCUUGUAGUUCUAACUGGGAUGUUAUCACCUACUGGGUUCACUCCAGACUUUGCAGUGCGUUUAUGGUGUUUUCCUCCAGGAAUGAGCGUGGAGAUGACGGCGCUGCUGCUGGUGUCAGUGAUUCAGGGAAAAGUCGUGUCCGUGUUCAACGCUGAGAAGCAGGAGGCCUGUGAGCAUCUGGACCAGGUCCAUCAGACACCUCACAGCUCAUCUGCGCCGCAGACUGCCUCUCUGCAUGAAACGCAAAAGGCUUUCCUGACCUCAGCCGGGAUCACGGGUGGCUUGUUCCUCCUCAGCAGCCUGGUUCUGUUCUUCGGUGUGAGGGAGCAGCGGCACGGGUCAGUCCAACACGAUGCUGAUGAACGAACCCGUCCGUCCUAUCUGAGCUCCCUGAAGAUGCUCGUGUGUCACGUUCCUUACCAGCGACUCGUGCUCAGCUUUGUUUUCAGUGUUCUUGCUUUUCAGAUGUCUUUGGGAAACUUUGCCUUGUUUUGCAGUCAUGCUGCUGGACUGGGAGCUCAUUUUCAGCUCCUCUUGCUGGUUCUGUUGAUUUCUGCUUCAGUAGCAGUUCCACUCUGGCAAUUUGUCCUUCUGAAAAUUGGGAAAAAGUCCACAGUUUUCAUUGGACUUUCACUCUUCAUCCCAGCCGUGAUCACAGUUGGCUGCGUUCCCAGCAGCCUCCCGGUUUUCCUGACCAUGUGCAUCCUGAUGGGACUCGGCGUGGCGACCGUGUUCCUGCUGCCUUGGUCAAUGCUUCCUGAUGUGAUAGAUGACUUUGCUUUGAGACAUCCCUCAUUUAAAGACCUGGAGCCUCUGUUUUUCUCUGGUUAUGCUUUCUGCAGUAAGCUAGCAGGAGGGCUAGCUGUGGGACUGUCAACCAUGACAUUACAGGUUGUGGGUUACAAAGCAGGUGCGUGUAACCAUGGCGAUGAAGUGGUGACAGCUCUGGUUGUGCUGUUUUCUCCAGCUCCUGUCACACUUCUGCUGAUUGGGAUGGGAAUCUUUCACACCUACCCAGUCAAUGAGAGGAAAGGCUUAGAGCUGAAGCAACAGAACAAUAAAGCCUCUUCAUCACCAGCAGACCAAAGAGAGUUCUCUGAACCAGAACUGUCAACAAACUCUCAGCAGUCUCAUCCUGAUGACCCAAAACCGGACAGAUUUCACAACUGUGAUCCAACACCAUGCUGGUUAUCCACCUCCUCGACUGUAGCGGGCAGCCUCCGUGGGAAAAACGCCAGGAACAUAACACAAGUAAAUCCUCAGUGGCGAAAACCGACGAGCCUUCCUGAUUGGUGCUCAGAAGGAAGUGAAAGUUUCCCUGGAAAUGAUGGUGGACAAUCACAUGUCCGAUCCAAGGUGUCCUGGGUGUAAAUGUGGUCCUGAGUAACCACUGAUUCGCCUCUUUUCUCUGUAAAAAUCUGUUUCAGCAGCUGAUUAUUUAAGCUUUGUUUAACCUCCAUGUUGUUAUUUCAUUUAAGAGUGGAAUUCCAAUCUGAAGAAGUUAAAACAAUUUCAAAUUUAAUCUUUUCAGAAACAUUUUUGAUCUAUCAGGAAUCUCCUUUUCACUAAAAAAACAACAAAAUGUUACCAAGUAUUUUUGAUCUAAGUAGGUUCAAAUAUCUUGGCACACUUAAAUAUGAACAAAACUAACUUGGAAGUAACUUUUCAGCAAAAUUUAGGGGCUUGUUUUAAUUAAAUAAUUUCUUUAAAAGUACUAGUUACAGUGGGAGAUUUUUUUUCAUGUUUCCCAUGUUAUAAGUGAAAUAAUCUGCUUGUGAAGCUUGCACUUUUUCAUCAAUAUUAAGGAAUUAUUUCCUAUAAAUUGCUGAAAAAUUACUUGAAAGUUCAUUUAGCGUUAUUUCAACUGUACUAAGAUAUUUGCACUAGAAACUAGACAAAAACAUACUUGGUAAGGUUUUGUUGUUUUUUGUUUUUUUUCUUGGGUUUUCUUGUAGAUUUAAUCCUAAAUUAAUAUCUUUACUUGUUUGUAUCUCCUUAUGGCGCUUUUUGUCGUUAUUUAGCUUGAAAUAUUAUUGGUUUCCUGUUUUGCCGAUUGAUGCUUUUAUUUUGAAGGGACCACUUCCGGUUCGACUAUUGGCAAAGGCAGCUUAACAAAACGGUGAAAGAUAAGUUGUAACAGAGAUGAUGAAAUGUGUAUUAAAAGCCCCUUUGAUGACUGCA